AUGGCUUCUUCAUUGGCAGCUUCUACCGCCUCGGCAUCCCUCGGAGUGUCGGAACUCCUUGGAAACAGACUUAACUUGUCUGGUGCAGCCAGGACAGCUCCUUCCACUCCUGUCACCUUUAAGAUUGUUGCUCUUUUCCAAAAGAAGAAACCCGCACCCAAGGCUAAGCCCGUUGCUGUCACCCCGGCCUCCGAUGAGCUCGCCAAGUGCUAUGGUUAUGAUCCGUUUGGUCUAGGAAAGAAACCAGAAGACUUUGCCAAAUACCAAGCAUUCGAGCUGAUUCAUGCACGAUGGGCAAUGUUGGGUGCAGCUGGUUGUAUCAUUCCUGAGGCCUUCAACAAAUACGGCGCUUCCUGUGAACCUGAAGCUGUGUGGUUCAAGACUGGAGCUCUUCUACUCGACGGCAACACAUUGAACUACUUUGGAAAGAACAUCCCUAUAAAUUUGGUCCUGGUUGUUGCUGCCGAGGUUGUUCUUGUUGGUGGUGCAGAAUACUACAGAAUCACCAAUGGCUUGGAUUUUGAGGACAAGUUGCACCCUGGUGGACCAUUCGAUCCAUUGGGUCUUGGCAAGGACACAGACCAGCUUGCUUUGUUGAAGGUUAAGGAGAUCAAGAAUGGCAGACUAGCUAUGUUCUCCAUGUUUGCAUUCUUCAUCCAAGCUUACGUGACCGGAGAGGGUCCUGUAGAAAACCUUACAUCUCACUUGAGCGACCCCUUUGGAAACAACUUAUUGACCGUGAUUUCUGGGAAUAUUGAAAGAACCCCAACCCUGUAA